CGCGUCUUGGUCACUUACGCUAAGCCAUCUUUCUCUCUCAACGCGUAAAGCUUCCAGGAACGCGACCAGAACUUCAACAACCCAACCCGGGAGCGGCACCUUUGGUUGACUCCCACUUCAAAGUCUGAAGAAAGAAACCUCCUGUACAAGUCAAAGUCAAUUUAAGCUGAUUUACGCCAAGAUGGAGAAAGCGUUCCGCCCUCACUUCUUCAACCACGGGAAGCCAGAUGCCAACCCAAAAGAGAAAAAGAACUGCCACUGGUGCCAGAUCCGAUCCUUCGCAACCCACGCUCAGCUGCCCAUCUCCAUCGUCAACCGCGAAGACGACGCCUUCCUCAACCCCAACUUCCGUUUUAUCGACCACUCCAUCAUAGGGAAAAACGUUCCCGUGGCCGACCAGUCUUUCCGAGUAGGCUGCUCCUGCGCUAGCGAUGAAGAGUGCAUGUACUCGACAUGUCAGUGUCUCGACGAGAUGGCGCCAGAUAGCGACGAGGAAGCUGAUCCCUACACCCGGAAGAAGCGAUUUGCCUACUACUCCCAAGGAGCGAAAAAGGGACUAUUGCGUGAUAGGGUCUUGCAAUCCCAGGAGCCCAUCUACGAGUGCCACCAAGGUUGCGCCUGUUCCAAGGACUGCCCAAACCGAGUGGUAGAGCGUGGCCGGACCGUGCCCUUGCAGAUCUUUAGGACUAAAGACAGGGGCUGGGGCGUCAAAUGCCCCGUCAAUAUCAAGAGGGGGCAAUUCGUGGACCGGUACUUGGGCGAAAUCAUUACCAGCGAGGAGGCCGACCGGCGACGAGCUGAAUCGACCAUUGCUAGACGAAAGGAUGUCUACUUGUUUGCCCUCGACAAGUUUUCCGAUCCGGACUCACUAGAUCCCUUGCUGGCCGGACAGCCGCUAGAGGUUGACGGCGAGUAUAUGAGUGGCCCUACCAGGUUCAUCAACCACAGCUGCGACCCCAAUAUGGCCAUAUUUGCGCGGGUGGGCGAUCACGCUGACAAGCAUAUUCACGACCUUGCCCUGUUCGCCAUCAAGGAUAUCCCCAAGGGGACCGAGUUGACAUUCGACUAUGUCAACGGAUUGACAGGGCUCGAAAGCGACGCGCAUGACCCAUCAAAGAUCUCGGAGAUGACCAAAUGUCUCUGCGGAACUGCCAAGUGCAGAGGCUAUCUGUGGUAAUGGGGGAAGAUGUUAACUCACAAAAAAACCCCGUGGUGUCCCCAAAGAUCACUUGACGAUGCGUUCCCCGCAAACCCAUAUUUUACCCGGUGGCCUGACUUGCCGUUCGUAUGCCCUAGACAACCUCUUGCAGAGCUAAUGCAACCGUUGCAGUGAGGCGACUGCAACAACAAGCAUCCGUCGCUCUAGAGAACUUGUGUAAGUCGGCGUGAUCAAGUCUGUACUUCAACAGCGCCCUGUAGACAUUGUGCGGGAAACGGCAAUACUGGUCUUUUUACUGCGCCCGAAUCAUUGGGCUGAGCCAUAAUUGUAAUGAAUGGAUGACGCUCAACUCGGGUGCGGUGCUAGGACGGCUCAGCCAUCAUGUCGAUGCAGGAAAAGACGGAUUGAGUUAAAGGGUGUCUGCGCCAUCUACACUAGAUC